UCCCGUGUACUCUUCCGGGUCGUGUCAUUCGUGCACACACAUGCGGCUGGUGUUUUCUUUCAUUUCGAGGACCUUUAACUAAACUGGCGGGUUGAAAAUGUUAUUAAACAGAUUUUUGGUGCCGCUGAGAAGCCUCCAGAAGCUGACGCAGGCACACAGAUGGCAUCAGACUAGUUUGAUAAAUGAUCUGGUUGUAAACAUGGACAAAAAAGCAAUGUGGGACAGAUUCUACACAGAAAAUGGAAGCAAAGGCCAAUUUAAAAAUUUUGAGUGGUUCUUUGGGUUUCCCUCAGUUAAGGACCUCGUUCUUCCUGCACUUCAGGCCAUGUCUUGUUCCCACAGUGGCCCGUUACACAUCCUGGACAUGGGUUGUGGCACGUCUGCAUUAGGACCAUGUAUCUACAGCACCUCUCCAUGUGCGGUCCGGGUCACCUGUGCCGAUAUUUCACCAGUGGCAGUAAAACUAAUUGAGGAGCACACUAAGUCCACAUCAACAAAGCCAUGCAACCCAUCCUCUGCACUCGUCUUCCUGGAGCUGGACUGCACACAGAUGACGGGACACUUUAAACCCAGAAGCCUGGACUUGAUAUUGGACAAGGGUACUACUGAUGCUUUAGUUAGGUCAAAAGAAGGUCAGGUUAAGGCUGGACAGAUACUGAGGCAGAGCUUACAGGUGCUGAGACCCUCAGGGAGCCUCUUACAGUUUUCAGAUGAAGACCCUGACGCCAGGCUCAUCUGGCUGGAGAGAGAAGUUCAGGGAGCAGAAGUGACAGCGGAUGUAGGCGUUCAAGAGAUUGGUGAAUUGAGAGGGGUCAGCUAUUUUUGCUACCAGAUAUCUCCUCGUAGCAGACCCCACUCUUGAAAUACAACCCAAUUAAAAGUACCCGUAUUCUGAAAGAUUUCCAUGUGAAGAUGCUGCAUUUGUCCAACAAUUAACACUGGUGACUUUUUACUGCAGCCGUAUCUUGGCUAAUCAAAUACCUGUUCACAAUAUUCGCAUCAGACGAAGAACAAACAAAACAUUCACACAACUGUUAACUAUUAAGAAAACGUUUAUUUCAGAUUUAAAAAAAAAAAAAUAGUUCUUUGUCAAAGUUCCAGAUCACUUCAACUUCAUCACUUUAACAAUUUUUGCGCUCAGUAUCUGUGUGUUCGCAUUCUUGCAUAUGGGUUAUAUUGUCGAUGCGGUUUUGGCUUCGCCCAGUGGUUUGCAGGCCAGUAGGGGGCAGGAGUCAAAUUUUCACCACCUUCAAACACAAUCAGUCUGUUAGCACAAAACUGCAUAAAACGCAAAUACUGAUGAUUUAAGGAGUUAAUAGUAUGUGUCUGUACCUCUAUGGCUUGGGUAACCCGUCCCCAAGUAUGGUGGAAUAGAGAACUGAGGCCCAAAGCCACUUAACUGAGGUCCAAAGUCAUUAAAUUGAGGCCUAAAGUCAUCAUACCGAGGCCUAAAGUCAUCAACCCGAGGCCUAAAGUCAUCAACCCGAGGCCUAAAGUUAUCAACCCGAGGCCUAAAGUCAUCAAACUGAGGCCUUAAGUCAUUGAAAUGCCUCAUUCCUUGCACCCAGCCUUGACCUAGAAGAUGAGCAAAACUGUAAUAUUAAAAUACCCAAAUCUGCCUGAAAACUAGUCACAGUAUAUGUACUAUGCAAGAACAAACUUUCAUUUUGAAUGUGUUUAAACCACAAUUAAUAGCACUAAUAACUACACAAUCCCCCAGUGGUGACUGAAAGAUGUUCAAAAUGAAUCAUUAUCUGUAUUACUAUGCUGGUUAAGUGAACCCUCAAUGUCUUUGAUGAGAAGGGACUGGCUGCAGACCAACUGCACGUGCACUCUCAGACAUUAUAGGCUUAUAUUGAUUACACCUUCCCUGCCCAUACUCCUCACAGUGACAUCACCUGCACUGAGCGCAUGUGACCAAUUGUGUAGGUCUGAGAGUGCAUCUGUAAGUCUGCAGCCAGACACUAUUGAACUUGACUGUUACCAUUGUUGUAGCGGGCAGCUGGCAUCAAAGGGGGAAUAGAGAAUCUCUCGUUGCUGUAGGCUCCUGUUAAAAACAAUGUUUUGAAUUAUGAAAGUCUGUUAAAGGAUAUAAAAACUACCAUUUAAAUAC